GUGCGAAAGGAGAGGCGAGGGUUAAGAGAGCGCGCACAAAUUUUUCUUUCAACUUUUCACAAACCUUUCAAAUUCUAGGGCUUUUUCCCCCCUUCUUUUCUCCAUAAAUUAUCAAUUCAUCUUUUCAAUUCUGUACUUAUUUACUUCUUCUUCUUCAAUUUCUAUCUCCGUAUAUUAACGUAUGCGUGAUAUGUGCGUAUCCUCUUCUUCUAAUCUAAAAUUCCAAAUAUAUGCAUGAUCUAGAUUCCUGGAACAUAGAUUAAGCAAAGUGUCCUUCCUCUUUCGGAGGUUUGCUGAUUGUUGUUAACUAUGGUGCGAGCAGCGAAGCGUGAAGCGGUAAGUACACGAAGUGGAGGAAACGGUGUAGCAGAGAGUAGCAACGGUAACAGUAACAAUGACAGUUCCAGUGAAGAAGACGUUCUCGACCGCAGAUUUCUUCGAUCUCGAUACCUCAACGUUAAGUCUCGGAUUUGUGAUGAAAAGGAUGAUCUGUCCAAGGCUGAUUCAGAUAAGUUUACAUCAAUAUUUGAAGAAGUUGAAAGGCUGCAUGAGAAAGUUCAAAACCCCCGAGAACAAGUUGCAGAUGCAGAAGCCUUGUUGGACAUCACAAACACUUUGGUGACUUCUGUUAAGGCGCAUAGCAAUGAAGGAGUGACUCCUACAGAUUUUCUUAGUUGUUUGCUUAGAGAGUUUGGUGAUCAAGUAGGCAUUAGUUCCAGCACAGAUGCGAGUCAGAAUUCUAUUUGCUGGGAGGAGGUUGGGUUUGCUGUCUCCAAUGUUUUCAAGAGUGCUCCUGGAUGUUGCACAAUGACCGGGCCUAUGACUUGUGAAGUUAAGCCACGGAAGCCUGUGGUGCAGAGAAAGCGUGUAAGGCCAACAGGAAAUGAACGUCCAGAAGAGCUUCCAGAAAGUGAAGCUGAAAAGAACACAGACACAGACAAAAAUAUGGCAACAAUGUUCCAAAUCUUAAGGAAGCACCGGAGGGUCAGACUUGAAGCUUUGCUGCUGAAUAGAAGAUCAUUUGCACAAACAGUUGAGAAUCUAUUUGCUCUAUCUUUUCUAGCCAAAGAUGGUAGGGCUCAAAUAACUGUUGAUGAUAAGGGCGUUCACACAGUGGGACCAAGGAACGCCCCUUCUGCCAAUGCAGUUCUUUCUGGAGAAGUUUCUUACAAACAUUUUGUUUUCAGAUUUGACUUUAAUGAUUGGAAGCUAAUGUUGGCAUCUGUUGAGGUUGGGGAGGAAUUAAUGCCUCACAGAAAUGAAGAUGUCCCGGAUAAUUUUCAACCAGCAUUGACUAAUGAAGAAACAACAGAAAGAGGUCCUUCAACCCCAAUAAGGAAGUUGUCCAGGAACCGAGGCCUGGUUUUGCAGGAGCAGACAGUUGUGGAAGAUUCACCCGAAGGUGAUGAUUCAGGAGCAAGAGCGGCUGCGAUUCGUAAGGGGAAGCGGAAACUAGGAAUCUGAUUCUUCCAUAGAAUGUGAUUUAGGAAUUCCAAGGAAAACUAACUUCGUUGUGAUUUGUAUAUCCUUUUAGAAUUUCUAAGGAAGGUGUAAUGUUUUUUGGUACAUCAUAGAUGUUACUUUCUUGGUAAUA